AUGCUACUUUUCCGUACAACUGCGGAUCUUCAACAUAUUGAAUUGGCUGUAACAGAAAAGUGCCGAAGCACUGUGCAAGCUAUGAAGGAAGUAAAGAUUGCCUACUAUAUUCUCUUAGUACUCAAUACGAAGUCACCUCUGGUGUAUGUGAUGUUCUUUUCGCUACCGUAUGUGAAAAGCUGUGCUGCAACUUCUCCUGGAACGUCAAUUCCAACAACCGGCACAACUACCACAGCGUCAGCACUCACUGCAUGCAUGACCUGUACGGUCUCCCAAAUUUCCUUCGAUAAAGCCAAUGGUGCGCCGAAUAGUAUAGACUCUAGCUUUAGAGUGGAAGCACCUGAUCCAGCAACAGGUUGUUUACUGCUAACGUCUAUUUGUGCAGCACAACAAGGCUUUUUUGCUUUUAUGGAAUUCAACAUCAACGAAGGUGGUCCAAAAGAGAAUCUUGACGUUGUACAGGUGGUUGAAGCAUUACUGGAAUGCAAGAACGGUGCCUGGUUCUAUCAAAAUGUUCCUAGACAGAUUGGGCGACGACCUGUGGUGAAGGCCAAGCUCGUCGUGGCAUGGCUGCUUAGUUUGGGGAAAAGUCUCUUUGCCACUCCAGCAUAUUCACUGCCUCAGUACCCUGCACACUGGACCCUGCCGUCUCAGACGUCGGACGGUAUGGCGACCGACGCUGACCUACAUGCCCUUUUCGGAGCUGCAGAGGGUAUCAAAUUUUACGUGAUUGUUCUGCAGGAGACCAAGUGCAGAAAGAGCGACGUACGACAGAUGAAUGAAAGUACACUUGUCAUUCGUGGAGAGAAGGUUCCGUCGCGAAAUGUAGGCGGUGUUGGUUUUGUUGUGCACCCAUCUGUUGUCCAUCUCGUCGAUUCUCACGAGAUCCUGUCACCUCGUCUGGCCAUUCUUCGCCUCCGCCCUCUGCGCCAAAAAUCCACCAGUAUCAUCAACUGCUAUUCACCAACAUCAGCAGUUGAUGAUUCCGAAUUGGACGCGUUUUACGAGGAGCUGGAGGAAGUAGUCCGCAACGAGAAGUCCUUUUACAAAUUCGUUGUCGGAGACUUCAAAGCAAAACUAGGAAAGGUCACAGAAGAAGAAUACAGGAUUGGAAGUUUUGGACUAGGGGACCGGAAUGAAAAUGGCAAUCGUCUCGCCGGGCUGUUGUCCGCCGCUCGCCUCUUUCAUGGGAACUCUCUUUUCAUGAAAAAAGAUCAUCGUCGAUGGACAUGGGAAUCGCCCAAUGGCGCGACUCGUGCGGAGAUCGACCACAUACUCACCAACCGGAGGUGCCACACGAUGGAAAAGAACAUCUGCUAUCGACAACGAAGAAGAAAAGAAGUUGUCUCCGACGAUUGCGUACUCGAGGAUUCCUUGUUCCAAGGUGACUGGCACAUCGAGGAGGAUCCAAACGUGGACUACGAGAUGCUGCUCAGAGGAUUACGAGCCUGUGCUGGGUGUGCCUCGAAGCCGCGCACGACAAACUUGGACCGAAUUUCGGUGACCAUCGAGGAAUUGUUGGAACGAAGAAGGGCUUUGAGGACGCUGGAUGAAGCCCAGCCUCAAGAACAAGCUGGAUUCCGCCAAGGGUUCAGCUGCUUGGACCAGACCGUGUCGAGGGUCAUAGAGGUUUGCCGGGAAUACCGAAUGCCCCUUGUUCUAACCUUCGUCGACUAUGAGAAAGCCUUUGACCGCGUAGAAACGAAUGCAAUACUGUCAGCGCUGGUCGUUCAAGGUGUGGACGCGUCGUAUGUGAGGACAUUAGCCAAUUGCUACGAACGAUGCACGACUAGGAUACAGCUAUUCCACCAUCUCAUCAUACCCAUUGGAAAGGGGGUACGACAAGGCGAUACUAAAUCGCCGAAGCUGUUCAUGGCUGCAUUGCAAUGGAUAAUGAAAUCACUAUCCUGGGAAGAAAGGAGCAUACGCGUUGAUGGAAGAUUUCUUUCGAACCUUCGUUUCGCGGACGACAUCGUUCUCUUUUCGAGCAGUACCAAUGAAGCAGAAACGAUGCUCAACGAAUUAAACGAAGCAGGGAAGAGAAUAGCACUGCGAAUAAACAAAAAGAAGACACAGUUCAUGAAGAACGCCUACUGCGAGGACGGAGGAGUACAACUUGAAGGCUCCCAAAUCGUGGAAACUCCGUCAUACGUAUACCUCGGACGUUCUAUGAACAUGGAAAACGACUUGAAGGAAGAACUAAAUAGAAGAAUGAGAGCAGCAUGGGCAGCAUUCGCAGCCGUCAGGGAAGCUACGGACCAACUGACGGACCAAGAUCUUCGUGCCCAUCUGUUCGACUCGACAGUCCUUUCAUCGCUCUGUUACGCAGCGAAGACGUGGGCAGACACCACGACCACGUCUAGGAAGCUACUUAGUACCCACAGAGCCCUUAAGAGAUGUCUCCUGAAGUUCAACCGGCGCACACAACAUCUUGCCGGGCUUCGUAGCUCUGACUUAAGGGGAAUAUCCCGUCUUCGUGACCCAGCGGAAUAUGUGUUGAAAGCAAAACAUAGAUGGGCCGGUCACAUCAUGAGAAGAAUCGACGAUAGAUGGACUAAAAGAACGCUAGAGUGGAUCCCAAGGGACGCUAAACGCCCUCGAAGGAGACCGCCAACGAGAUGA